AAAGACUAGUGUAAUGUUAGGUGAUAAAGACUAGCUUUAGAGGAGAAAUGUUAGCUGGCUGUUAACGACUGAUAGGAGGCUGACUGACUGUGUUCAAAUAUUGUUGGUAAAUAAUUAAUUGGCCUACCGUCGUAUCUGAGCACUCAUGAUUAAUGAAUUGUAAUGCAAUAAAAAAGCAGCACGGACCACACAUUGGUAUGUGAGGAACUGUGUGUGUGUUUGGGCUCCUGUGUGUGUGUUUGGGCUCCUGUGUGUGUGUUUGUGUGUGUGUGUUCAAACGCAGCCCCUUGUUUUGAUGAGAGAAACGGGGCUAUGGCGACAGAGUGAGGAGGAGGAGAGUACGAGAGGCGGAGCUUCGAUCCUGCCUCCAUUCAUUCUAUGUAAAUGCACUGCCGCCUGCUCGCGUUCGAUUGGUUGGCUCCCCGAACAGCUUUUCAGACAAACGAGAGAGCACAGGGAGGGAGAGAGACAUAGGAUAGGAGAGUGAUGCAGAGUGUGUGUUCUUAAAGGUCCUGUUCUAAUUAAGCCGGCAGGCUGCAGUGAGACGGACGAUCAGUCUGCGCGCCCCUUUCUCUCCCUCUUACCCCUGAGGUCCCAUUGUCAUCAUUAAUGUCUAUCCCAAACUGUCCAUGAAUUAUGGAGUAGUGAAGUCUCCAUAGAAAUAGUGCCUGUGGGGAACAGAUAGACGGACGGAAGGACAGACAGAGAAAGAGAAGAGGGGGAUGAAGAACACAGCUGUAAGCCGCCACUGUGCAUGCUUCUUCUGCACAGCGCAGGCUCAGUGAAUGUGAAAGAUCGAGCGGUGUGCCCUUCGCUGAACGGAUGAAUGGGAGAGGAGCAGAGGGAGGCUGAGCUUGGAGACAACACGUGCUUCACAGAGAGAGAGAGGAAGAAAGGCAGGGAGGACGAGAGAAGCAAGCUCGCCUACCGCUAUCACACUAGUUACAUCUGAGCUGCACAGACUUCCACCGGCAACACAUGAAGAGGACUGGUCUGAUCUGAGCCACAUAUAGAGGAGGAGCUGUAUAAAGUUCCCGUCUGUUCCCCGGGCUGUUGAGUUCCUGUCUUUGUACCGACUGGCGGACAGACAGUGCCGUGCCGUGCUGGUCAUGCGUGUGGAAUGUAGCGUGGCCCCAUUGAGAAGAACAGAAAACAAACAAAUGGUGCUGAACCUUUCAUUUUCAGGAGGAAGUUACACGACAGUGUGAAUCAGGGAGGGACACUUUCUCAGCGGUACUAGAAGUCAAAGGAAAGACUGUUUAGCGUUUUGCACCAACCGGCAGAAACUUCAAGACUGCCGAGGCUUGAGGCAAGCAGACGGUCUGAAAGAAAGGAGAGGUAUUUCCUCCGUCUGGACGAUGACACUGCUCUGAAUGAACCCUGCUGGACCAGAGGAGAGAGGGACGGGAGUAUGAGCUAACUCACCCUCACUAAUCCACCCCUAAAAGGUGCCUGUUCAUGUCCCCCGGAUCCUGGCACACCUUCUCUAUCUGUACCACAACCCCAGAGGAAGUAACCCUGUACUCUUAAAGAGGGGUGAAGCUUCCUGGAUAUAGACUCCACUGUGCGACUCUACAGCAGAAGCAACAUGGAUGACUCCAGUAUUCUCAGACGUAGGGGUCUGCAGAAGGAGCUCAGUCUUCCAAGGAGGGCCAGUUUCUGUCGGACCAGUAACAGGAAGAGCCUGAUUGUGACAUCCAGUACCUCUCCUACACUACCCAGACCACACUCACCACUACAUGGACACCCAGGGAGCAGCCCCCUGGACAGCCCCAGAAACUUCUCCCCCAGCACGGCAGCACACUUCUCCUUCGUUCCAGCUCGCAGUCACGGGCACAGGGCUGACAGGACGGAUGGCAGACGCUGGUCUCUGGCCUCUCUUCCCUCCUCUGGAUAUGGCACUAACACACCCAGCUCCACCGUCUCAUCAUCCUGUUCAUCCCAGGAGAAGCUGCACCAGCUGCCCUUCCAGCCCACGGCGGACGAGCUGCACUUCCUCACCAAGCACUUCAGCUCCGAGAGCAUCACAGACGAGGAUGAACGACACUCGCCCAUGCGCCCCCGCUCACGCAGCCUCAGCCCUGGUCGCUCACCCAUCUCUUUUGACCAUGAGGUCGUCAUGAUGAACCAUGUGUACAAGGAGCGCUUUCCCAAGGCCACGGCUCAAAUGGAGGACCGUCUGGCUGACUUCCUGUCGUCCUCGGCCCCUGACAAGGUGAUGCCCCUGGCCGACGGGGUCCUCAGCUUCAUCCACCACCAGGUCAUAGAGCUGUCCAGAGACUGCCUGGUUAAAAGCCGAGAGGGCUGCAUCACGUCACGCUACUUUUACGAACUGCAGGAGAACCUGGAGAAACUACUGCAAGAUGCUCACGAGCGCUCGGAGAGUGUGGAGGUUACCUUCGUCACCCAGCUGGUUAGGAAGCUGAUGAUCGUCAUCGCCCGUCCUGCACGCCUGUUAGAAUGUCUGGAGUUUGACCCAGAGGAGUUCUACCAUCUUUUGGAGGCAGCAGAGGGCCAUGCCAAGGAGGGCCAGGGCAUCAAGUCAGACAUCCCCCGCUACAUCAUCAGCCAGCUAGGUCUCACCAGAGAUCCUCUGGAGGAGAUGGCCCAGCUGAGCAACUACGACAGUGGGAACCCAGACACACCAGAGACAGACGACGCUAUGGAUAGUCGAGGGGCCACCGUGCCUGUUGUAGCUCCCCCUAAAACCAAACCCCCACGGGAGGAGGACUUUGAGAACAUCAAGCUCAUUAGCAACGGGGCCUAUGGUGCUGUGUUUCUGGUGCGCCACAAGGAGACCCGUCAGCGUUUUGCCAUGAAGAAGAUCAACAAGCAGAACCUCAUCCUGAGGAACCAGAUCCAACAGGCCUUCGUAGAGAGAGACAUCCUGACCUUCGCUGAGAACCCCUUCGUGGUCUCAAUGUUCUGCUCCUUCGAGACACGCAGACACCUCUGUAUGGUCAUGGAGUAUGUGGAGGGUGGAGACUGUGCCACCCUGCUGAAGAACAUCGGAGCGCUGCCCGUGGACAUGGCACGCAUGUACUUUGCUGAGACUGUACUGGCACUGGAGUACCUCCACAACUAUGGCAUCGUACACAGGGACCUGAAACCUGACAAUCUUCUGAUCACGUCGAUGGGCCACAUCAAGCUGACAGACUUUGGGCUGUCUAAGAUCGGUCUGAUGAGCCUCACCACCAACCUGUAUGAAGGACACAUAGAGAAAGAUACGAGGGAGUUCCUGGAUAAACAGGUGUGUGGUACACCAGAGUACAUCGCCCCAGAGGUGAUCCUCAGACAGGGCUAUGGGAAGCCAGUAGACUGGUGGGCCAUGGGGGUCAUCCUCUACGAGUUCCUGGUGGGCUGUGCCCCUUUCUUUGGAGACACACCUGAGGAGCUCUUUGGACAGGUCAUCAGUGAUGAGAUCAUAUGGCCAGAGGAGGAGGAGGCUCUUCCUAACGAUGCCCAGGACCUCAUCUCUAAACUCCUCAGACAGAACCCUCUGGAGAGGCUGGGCACAGGCAGUGCAUUUGAGGUGAAGCAGCAUCGGUUCUUCUAUAAUCUGGACUGGAACACUCUGCUGAGACAGAAGGCAGAGUUCAUCCCUCAGCUAGAGUCAGAGGACGACACCAGCUACUUUGACACCCGUUCAGACAGGUACCACCACUUGGACUCUGAAGAUGAAGACGACACCAACGAUGACGAACACGUAGAGAUACGUCAGUUCUCCUCCUGCUCGCCCCGCUUCAGCAAGGUGUACAGCAGUAUGGAGCGUCUAUCCCUCCAUGAGGAGAAGAGGACCCCCCCACCCACCAAGCGUAGCCUCAGUGAGGAGGGAGGAGAACGCAUUGACAGCCUCAGUAGUCUCAAGUCCAGAGACCGCAACUGGCUGGUGGGGUCACCUGAGAUCCUGCGUAAGCGUCUGUCUGUCUCAGAGUCGUCCCACACCGAGAGCGACUCCAGCCCUCCCCUGACGGUGCGAAGACGCUGCUGCUCCGCCAUCAUCGAGAUGCCGCGCUUCGCCAUCUCCUCAGAGGAGGAAGCAGGGGUGGCCCCCAGCUAUAGGAGCCCCAGCCUGCUCAGCCAGACCCCCGGUGGAGUCAGGGGCCCCCGCAGCGAGGACUUGCCCCUCUCCAUCCCUGAGCUUCCCGUGGAGAGAGAGCUGAAACUGGACGAGUCCCCCACAACACCAGACUCUACAGCCAGCCAGCUCAGCAAAGCCACACUCACACCGGGCAGUUCAGGAGAUGUGUGGGAGCGUGGUUCAGGGGCAGACAGCUCUCCCUCUACCCCUAAGGCCAUCAGUGACCUGGCAGCUAGGAGGGCCCGUCACAGACUGUUGUCUGGAGACACAGACAGACACGCCCAGUCCAGACCACUCAACAAGGUCAUCAAGUCAGCCUCCGCUACCACUCUCUCACUCAUGAUUCCUGCUGACCACCACGGGGCCUCCCCAUUGGCCAGCCCCAUGUCACCCCACUCCUUCUCGUCCAAUCCCUCGUCCAGAGACUCCUCCCCCAGUAGAGACCUGUCCCCAGCCGUGGCCAACAUCAAACCCGCCAUCAUCAUCCACAAGGCGGGCAAGAAGUACGGCUUCACCCUGCGAGCCAUCAGGGUGUACAUGGGAGACACAGACAUCUACACAGUACAUCACAUGGUCUGGCAUGUAGAGGAGGGUGGUCCAGCCCAUGAUGCAGGGUUGAGAGAAGGAGACCUCAUCACUCAUGUGAAUGGAGAGGCUGUCCACGGCCUAGUGCACACUGAGGUGGUGGAACUCAUUCUCAAGAGCGGCGGUAAGGUGUCCAUCUCUGCCACGUCCUUUGAGAACACCUCCAUCAAGCUGGGCCCCGCCCGCAAGACCGGCUCCAAAUCUAAGAUGGCGCGGCGCAACAAGAAGACCAAGACCAAAGACAGCAGCCAGGAAAGCAGUAGUAAGAAGAGGAACUCUCUGUUCAGGAAGAUCACUAAGCAGGCGUCUCUUCUCCACACCAGCCGUAGCCUUUCCUCUCUGACCCGCUCUCUGUCCUCUGGAGAGAGUGGACCUGGGUCCCCCACUCACAACCUGUCCCCUAGAUCACCUACACAGGGUUACCGGUCCACACCUGACUCUACACACUCUGUAGGGGGUAACUCGUCUCAGAGCAGCUCUCCCAGCUCCAGUGUUCCUAACUCCCCAGCCAGCUCCGGUCACAUCAGGCCCAGCUCCCUCCACGGCCUGGCCCCCAAGCUCCAGCGCCAGUAUCGCUCCCCUCGCCGCAAGUCAGCCGGCAACAUCCCUCUAUCCCCCCUGGCCCGCACCCCUUCCCCAACCCCACAGAGCACCUCCCCCCAGCGCUCUCCCUCCCCCCUGUCCAGCCACGGACUAGGCUCCACCUCUAUGGGUCAGAUCUUUCCCGUCAAGCUCCACUCUUCCCCCCCUCUGGUCAGGCAGAUCUCCAGGCCCAAGAGCGCUGAACACCCCCGCUCCCCACUGCUCAAGCGAGUCCAGUCUGCUGAGAAGCUAGCCUCCUCCCUCUCCUCCUCAUCGUCCUCCCCCUCUCCAUCAGGCGCCGGAGGCGACAAGAAGCUGCCUGUAACUGUGACAGGGCGUAAACACAGCCUGGACAUCUCCCACGCUGAGUUUAAGAAGGAGAUGCUUCAGAGAGACCCCAGUCUGCAGAGUCUCCAGGAAUCAGCUGGGGAGAGAGAGAGCCUACUGCUGGGGGUGGGGCCUGGGAUAGGGGGCCGUGGGGGGCCCGUGGAGAAGGGCAGCCUGCAAAAACCCUCCUCCAGCAGGAAGCUAGGACGUCAGGAGGGGGACGGAGCGUCGACUGCCGGGUCCCUGGGGUUGGCUCCCGGGAAGAGCAAACUGAAGGACAAGCUGUCAGCCAUCAGACAGGACCGGGCUGAGAGGAGGGAGUCACUACAGAAGCAGGAUGCUAUCCACGAGGUGGACUCAUCAGAGGACGAGACAGACGAGGGUUCAGAGGACAGUCAGGACGGGAGGGGCAGGAACACCUGCACCUUUACCCCCCCACUGCUCCGCCCCACCUCCGUCAUGCCCAUCGCCCCCCGUACAGGACCCGGGGGCACCCUCCCCUCCCUCUGUCUGUCCCCCUCCUCCACCCUGCUGCCAAGCAGAGCCACCAUACCCUCCACACUCCACGAACACAAGCCCACUCAGAGUGGUCCUUCGCUGGGAGGGAAAGACGGUGGCUCAGCCUCCUCGGAUGACUGUAGGCGGAGAGAUGGGAAGGCUCCAGACCCCAGCAGCAAGUUCACCCAGAGCCCCCUGUCCAGCACCUUCGCCACCCUCGGCAGUGCUUUCAUCUCCGUCAGCAAGGACACCUUCCUGAAGCCUGCUGCUUCAUCUCCACAUCAGGACUGGAGGAGCCCCAAGUUGCUUGAGCCCAGGGGGAAGAGCAGUAGUUUAUGGAGCGAGGAGAGAGACUCUGGCCUGGAGGCCCCCAGAUCCAGCCCCACUGGGUCCAUAGACGGCAGAGACCUAGUCCCCACACCCAUCUCCUCCCCAGGCAUCACCAAGGAGAAGAAGGAGGCUGAAAACCGAAGACAUGCCGCUGCUGCUGCCGCUGCGGCAGCCUACGCCACCCCCAGCCCCCCAGCCUCUCCAGCCUCAGUGUCAAGGUCAGAUAGUGGGGUGGACAAGGUGGUGUCACAUCUAGCCAAUGUAGCUCAUAGCGUCCUGGGGCCCGUCAAACUAACCAUCCCCGGGGCCAAGGAGGCCUUUGAGAGAGCCAAGGACCAGAAUCAGAGACACUCCAACCCCCCUCACCCCAAGGCCACACCUGACUCCCCCCUCGCCGCCACCACCACUCCCCUCUCCCCCUCCACCUUCAGACACCCUGCCCCUCAGCCACCACCCCGCCUGUCCUCCCAGUCUCCUCCCAGGCUGCCCUCCUCCAAAACUGAACCAGCCCCCCCUCCCCCUCCACAGAGGAGGCUCUCCCCUCCUAAAGACUGUACCCUGGCCCAGGGCACCCAGGACACCAUGGAGAGGCCGGUGGUGGAGACUGCACCAAGGAAGGUGCCCACCACCACACCCAACCAGACACCUACUGCAGCCUCAGAGCAGCGCAAUAGACCAGACCCCCUGGCCUCACAGAGACCCAGCCCAGCCUCCGCAGUCUCCACCCCGCAGGACAAAACCAGCAGCAAGAAGACGUAGCAGAUAAGACACCCGUGAGAAUAGAGACUGCUUGAUGGAGAUCUGAAUCUUUAUCCACAGACAACUGCAUGUUUGGAAGAAAACAACAUUCUAAACGUUUUGCAACUCACUAAUCAUUAUCUGAGAGCAUAGCCAUCUGAUGGAGGGAGAGAGAGAGAGGGAGAGAGGUGAUAGUUUGGGCCCUUACUAUGUGUUUCUGUAUUCCAGAGACAUCCAGAUUGGCUGUAGAUCUCUUGUUGUUCCGUUUUUUCACGUUGAUUCAUGUUCCUGUGAAGUCGGUCUGCGUUUGUUUCUCUCUCUGCAAAGAAACAUGGGGGCUAGAAAUAAACAGUGUGAGUUCACUGAUCCACACGCACUGAGGAGAAAGGAUUAACAAACACACACAAACAAACAUCUCUAAUGGUAUUUUCUUAGUAUACUGCCUCGUUAGCUUUCACCUUGGAAGUUCCAGGCGUCUGACGUGUGACUAGUAUCAAGCCAAUAGAUCAGGUUGUGCCUUGUAAACAACACAGCCACCACUGCAACCCUCCUGCAUGUCUCCAGCCAUCCGUGACUGAACAGGGUGUAACUCAGCAAUAAAAGUAGCGUAUGCUUAGCAAUCGGUAUAAAUACAUUACCGUCUGUUAAUGAAACAAUCUGUAUCGCCAUGUGGCCAUGUGUGUUAUUAUUCCCUCGAGGUCUAACGCUGCACUCUGUUUAGAGUAUAGUGCAGACUAGCUAGAGAAUAUAACACUUUAUUCAUGUCGUGGCUGUCAGAAUGGCUAUUCAAGCAGUGUUUGUAUUGUAUCACAGAGCGUUCCAUGGCAAUCUCUUUCCCUAUCCGCUCCAACGGCUAUUUGUGUGCUUGUCAGUGUAGCUAGCGUAUAGAAGCUAACCCUUCCAUGGCUCUACCUGGACCUGUCAGUGUAGCUAGCGUAUAGAAGCUAACCCUUCCAUGGCUCUACCUGGACCUGUCAGUGUAGCUAGCGUAUAGAAGCUAACCCUUCCAUGGCUCUACCUGGGCCUGUCCGUGUAUCUACGGCAGUGUAUAGAGCUGUGUGAGGAUGUACGUGUUGUGGUAGCUAGGAUACUAGCCUAGCCGUUCACCUUGUAGCUGCAUGAUAGCCUCACCAGAUCUAGAUCUCUGUCAGGGGACUUUCUAAUGAUAACAGAAUAGUGGGCAGUUCAUUGAACAUCUUUACAUUGAGAUGGACUAUAGGUGAGAUGAGGAGGAAAGGAGGGACAGUGAUCUAGUCACAGACAACCUGGGGACACCUGAUCAAUCUGGUCCUAGCCUGGUUUGGUCAACUACACAGACAACCUGGGGACACCUGAUCAAUCUGGUCCUAGCCUGGUUUGGUCAACUACACAGACAACCUGGGGACACCUGAUCAAUCUGGUCCUAGCCUGGUUUGGUCAACUACACAGACAACCUGGGGACACCUGAUCAAUCUGGUCCUAGCCUGGUUUGGUCAACUACACAGACAAACAGUGUUGAGAUGACGAGAGUCAAGUAGUUAAGAUGAGGUAGAUCUAUUUAGAUAUUUGGGUUUGAGUACCGGGCAGCGGAUUGUUCCUGCUGCCCCUGAAACUCAAUUACCCAGACUCCUCUCAAACUCUGAGGCAGGAAGACUGCUCACGAGUUUGUAUACAGGCUAGUUAGCAUAGGGCUGGGCAAUAUGUCGGAUUCAGUUGAUUAAUUUGAAUGUAUGUUUUAGCGCGAUGUUUCAAAUGCCUGUAUCGCAGGAAUUGAGGUUUUAAUAUUUUUUGUUUUUAUGAGCGUUUGUCUUUUUGGUCUCGUAUCCCCCCCCCCCCCCCCCCCCCCCCCCCUCCCAUGCUAUGUGUAAUGUGCACCUUCCCACUUGCACACAGACACCAAGCCCCUCCCCCUGUCACUCACAACAACAAAGACUAAAGAUCACGUCCUCUCUGACAAGCAGUUUCAACUCGCAUUUGAGGUUUGGUCUAACAGAAUGGGUCAUAUGGACACUGAAACACAUUGAGACAUUAAUUUACUGUUGUAGAGAAGUUAACCCUCUUUAUGUCUCAACUUCUCAAAUUACGCAUAGAGCAGACGCUACUAAAACCAGAGUAUAAUGAACAUUGCUUGAGAGAUUGCUUAUAUGAGACCUGUGUUAAUGUUCUAUAUUGCCUACUACAAGAAGUUGGUCAUUAUUAGUGAAUGUACAUUAUACAUGGUUCUGGUUACAUUUGGAACAGAAAAGGGCAUUUUCAUAGACUUGAAAGCCAGAAAAAAAAUCAGCUUAAACUAUUUUGAUUAAAAAAAAGUAUACAAUUAUUAAUGGGUCUUAUGGUUGUGGAAGGCUUUUAUUUAGCCUAGGUAUAAUUUCACAAGUCCUGAAUUCAUUCGAUUAUAGCUGACUGUUUGAAAUGCAGUUUAUUUUACCUUUAAUUGUACAAAAAAAAAGCUUAGAGUAAAAAAUAAAUAAAUAAAUUGAGGUAUAUAUUGUGAAUGGCCAUAAAUUUGAAAAAGUCCAGAUCAGAUUUUUCGGGGAGAUGUGUCCAAGCUCUACGUAGUGUAGCAGUACAACAGUAGACACACUGGCCUUCAUGUAUAUUCUGACAACCAGUGGUCUCACCGUUGUCUUUAUUUCUAGCCCCUGCUCGCUCUGUUUUUAUCAGACACUUAAGGUUUGUUCAACUUGCUGUGUUCGCUCUGUGUUUUGCCUCUUAUCCUGUAAAGCUAACAGACUUUACUUUGUAUAUGCGUUCAAGACUGUGUGUGUUGUCAAGUGGCUGUCAGAUGUGUGUGUGUUUGUGUGUAUAUAUAUAUAUAUAUAUAGCAGACCUUGAAAUAUUCAUACAUAUAUAUAUAUAUAUUAAUAUUUAAAGGUUUGCAGUGUCUUUUUUACUCUACCGUGUUGGGACUUGGGAGUGUGUUUUAGUUAGUGUAGACGUCUCGUAGUUAGUUACCCCUAUUAGUGCUGUCUGUCCCUGACUGAUAUCUCAGUUGGCCUGUAGGGUCGGGGAUGGGUCAGCAGGGGGGCGGGCUUUGCACAACCCUUUUAUCGCUGUCUGUCAAAUGAAAAGACAACUAAAUAAAAGGAAGGGCAAUCAGAUCCCUGGCUUUUAGGUCAGUCACAACGAUGUUGACCAAUCAGAUCCCUGGCUUUUAGGUCAGUCACAACGAUGUUGACCAAUCAGAUCCCUGGCUUUUAGGUCAGUCACAACGAUGUUGACCAAUCAGAAGUCUGAACUGACCGAACACCACUAUGAUCCUCCAGUCCCACUGCUACGUGUGGGGGUUUGUGGGUGUUCGUGGGUGUGGGCGUUCAUACUUGUGUGUAUUCCUGUGUGUGUGUCCCUGCGUGUGUGUGUUCCUGCGUGUGUGUGUUCCUGCGUGUGUGUGUUCCUGCGUGUGUGUGUUCCUGCGUGUGUGUGUUCCUGUGUGUGUGUUCCUGCGUGUGUGUUCCUGCGUGUGUGUGUGGGCGUUCAUUUGUGUGUCUUAGUUUGCAAAGUAAGGGGAUGUUGCCGUGUUGUAAAACUGUGGCUACCUGCAGCAUACAUCACUUUGUUUCUGUGUGAGAGUUCAAAUUUCCCUCGGGGUGUCCUGCAAAGUUUUGUUGCUGUUGGAGAUGUCGCAAAGAGCAGCUCAAUGGGAUGACUGACUGAGGGUGAGACAGGACUGGUGUCUAUAGAUACUAAAGAGAUCUGUGUUGUCAAUACCUAACGACAGACAGACAGACAGACAGACAGACAGACAGACAGACAGACCGUCCGUGGCUAGCGAUUUCUGUAAUGUGUUUCAAUGUUGUUCAAUCUUCCUCAAUGCUACUAGACAUCAACCUCUGUAACAGGCAGUGAUAAUUAUUCAUGUCAACAGCUUUCCACACUGUAAAGUUACCCUGGAUCAUAUCAGUGUGACUGGUUUGUUAUGGCCUCUACCUAUUAUUCAUGUAACCUAACCACUGACGGACCACAGACAAUGUUCAUGAGGAGGAACAUUGUGCAUAUAAUGUUUAGAGGUUCGGCCAUGGUCAAAAGUAGUGCACUAUAUAGGAAACGGGGGGGACCUGCGGUGUGAAUAGUGGUAUCCUCUAGUGCAGAAGGAUAGAGGGUAGGUAAUGUGAGGUGUAGGCCCUAAGUCCUCCCAGAGAAAAGCUGUCAUUUGUCACUGGGACAGAUCGGCCAAGCUUAGCGUUGGGAUUUAACAACUCUGCUGUAGCCAAUCAAUCAACCCCAGACUGAGAGAGCAUCUCCUCGUUGGCCGAAUAUGUCAGGUGACUCAAAUUGUCAUCCUUCAUUUGUUUCUGUGUGUUGAGGGUUAUUUUAUAUCAGCUAGAGUCAUGAUUUGAAGACAAGUCUCUGUGGCAUUCCCCAUUUGAUAGUAAAUUAAUGUUGUUCACUUGGCCCCUGCACAUCGAAUGACUAUAGUCCCAAAACUGAUCUGAAGUUCUGAUUUGAUAUGGGUCAUCCCUAUAAGAAUAGUUUCUACAGUGUGUAUUGUGUUGUAUGUCAUCUCAUCUGGACUAUACUGGUGGCCCUGUUGUUAUUGCUGCUUGGACAGCUGCUACUCUCUCUGACCCAAUCCGAGUGCCAUCCUUCACCGCCAGGCGCCUGACCAUCCCUGACAUUCACUGUUGUAUCACACAAACAUCGUCUGUAAUGUUGCUGAUCCAGCCAUCUGUCAGAGAGUGAAGUCAAGUGUUAGUUUCCCUGGUGGAGUAAUUCAUCUUUAGCCCUGGGCUGUUGGCUGCUCCCAACACACACACACACACACACACACACACACACACACACACACACACACACACACACACACACACCACAAACAAAGCAAUUUCAGCCAAACAAAACACUACCUACCCCCUAGUCUGGGCCCAUCACCUCCAAUGUUCAGUUAGGCCCACCAGAGCCCAAAGCCACGGUAGCUCCCCACUGUAGGGGCUGUCCCUCUCUCUCUCUCUCUUUGUUAACCCUGUGGGUAACCUCCACCCUGGACUUUAGCCUCACUACAUCUCUACAGACAGAUCCAUACAGUAUGUGUUUUUAUUGUAGCCACAGUAUGCGUUGUGUGUUAAAGCCCAUAGCGAUGGUAGGGCUGUCUGUGUGCAGAGACCAAUGCCACUGAACUGAGGGAAGAGGAGACUGUUGACUUCAUAUUAUGGACUCCCCAGUGUUUAGGCAGUAUUUUAAAGACUGUGUGAGAGAGAUCCUGUGUGUGUGUGUGUGUACAGCGUGUGUGUGAAGGAGAGGAGGUCUGUCUGAAAAGGGUGAAGAGAGAUCCUGUGUGUCUGAAGUGUGAAGGAGAGGAGGUCUGUCUGAAAAGGGUGAAGAGAGAUUGCUACAGUAAAACCAGUGCAAUAUCUUUUUAUUUUUUAUUGUGGUUAAACGCAUGUUGUUGUUAAUCCUACAUUAUCAUAAUAAUAAAGGUUUUUUUUAUGUAUA